AAACAAAUGUUAUAAACAGAAUUAAAUUUACACUUAUGAUAGCCUUACAGAUAACUUUCUUCAGCUUUAUUAAGGAACACAUUUUUGAUCUUUGAUGAAUCGCCCAAUUUCAUGAGGUGUGAGAAUCAAGAAUCCUACACUCAGUUUCAACAAAUAUAUUCUUCAUUUUUUUAAAGCUGCAAUAAAAAAAUAAACUGUCAUGACUUACGUAAGGACCCCUGCGUUAGAAAAAAUAAACCGUAAUCUGCGUCCUACGACAACAACGCGAUAAACAUAAAUUUGCGUUAGACGCUCUUUCAUCUCUGGAAACCAACCCACAAGAAGCCACGUUGUGACUGAUAACUAGAAACCGAAUAAUCAUCACCGUCGUUGGCGCAGCCUAUCAACGUUAAUUCAUAAAAAAACCUCAUCUCUCUCUUUAUCACAUCAACUGACCCAAGAAUGUACGAGCUUCUGGUAGCAGGAAAAAAAUUGAUUACAGUUCGAAGGAAUAAUUCAAUCCCAAUCAGAACUUCAGUAUUUCGGUGAUGCCACAGGUUGCAAGAAGUGCUCAGUCUAAAGAAAAUAAUGUCGACUUCUGAACGCGAGUGUUCCCUUCUGGGCUGCCUCCUGAGCCCCCGCUUGUAUGGACUGAUUGUGGGAGUGGUCAGUCUGUGGGCCAUGGUGGCGUCGCUCUCAGCAUCGAUUUAUCUGAUGGUGAAGUACGACGACAUCAAGGACGUUCCGGAUAGCUUGAGAGCCUAUUACCGGUACGCCACGGUCGAUACAAUACUGAUUCUGAUUGGCGUGGUCAUUGUUGGGCUCUUUCUAGUGGGCAUUUACAAAGUCAACGAGCACUAUUUGAUGCCGUUCAUAGUGCUACUCGUGCUGGACUUUUUGGGCUACAUUGUGUCUGAGACGAUUGCGAGAGUGCGCGCACGCAGUAGCGGUUCGGUACCGAAGGAUCAUUGGAAAAAGAAUUUAACGGAGAUUGUGAUAUUUACGUGCCUGUUUGGACUGACGACUCAUCUCUAUCGAAUCUUCAAGCACAAACGACAUCUUAAAGAGCAGAGCUUUGGCGGUUAUAGAAUCAUUUCGGGUGACACCGAGACUAUUGGAUUAUAAAUUAUUCUAAUUUUAUUUCAUGACAUUUGUAUUUUUGCUCAGAACCUAAAUGAGUUUCUGAUUGUGUUGCAAUAAAUUAUUCCAUAUUUAAUACAUACUUAAUUUGUCAGUUUGUUCUGAAUGAUUUU